UGGUUUCAAUAGCUAAAUUGAGGGAUGGCAACUGAGGAACAAGGAGAAGAAAAGCAGCAAACCACAAGUACUCAAGCUGCUGCUGGUUUAGGAGGAGCUGUGGUAGAAAAGUAUCGACAAAUCAAAGAGCACGCAGAGACCUACCCUUAUGUGUGGGGUUCCUAUAUUGCUGUAUAUGGUGGUCUUGCCCUCUGGACUGCUUACAGAUGGAGAAAGCUUCGCAAGACUGAGGAUCGAGUACGGGCCCUUCAGGACAGAUUACGCAAGCAUUAUGCCGCCGAAGAGGCUUCUGCAAUCCCUCCCACCCCAGUUAGAAAGGUUCCAGUUCCACCACCUGCUGAUAAAAUCUCCAAAUAGUUAGGUCAUUGAUCAAUGCCGUUCGGCUUUCUUUUACCCUGGAAAAUUAUUCUUCUGAGUUUGAACACAAGAUUGCUUGAGACUUCAUACUGUGGCUGAGAAAUGGAGAGUCCAAAUUCAUUGGUAGUUUAGAGUAAAAUGUUAGAAAUUGAUACUCUUAUUUAACACAUUUGUGUAGAACAGGUUCUUAUAUGCAAAUUUUGUAAGACUUCACCAUCAUUUUAUAUAAUGAUGGUGACUUUCUAUUUUGCCCAAAGUCAAAUAGGUGGUUGUAUUAAUGUCAAAAAGGAAUUGCAGAAAACAAUGUAAAGUGAGCUCUGAGGAUGCAGUGAAAUGGAUGGUGGUUUGAUUUGAUGCCUA